CAUUCAGGUCCACCUGGAGCAGCCCUGCCCUGAGAACAGCCGCUCUGAAAUCUCCCCCCUGAGGGAUUUUCCGCGUUCUCCGCCGACAACACCUCCCUGCGUGGAAUGAUCGAGCUAUGAAAAAACUUUUCCAUCCUCACCGAGCAGCGCCUGGUAGUUUCCUAUAGAAGAAAACAUUUUUCCAGCAAUAGCCAUGGGAGAAAUGACAGCACCAAACAGCUUCUCAGAAGUUAUAACUCGGAUAUUACAGAAGGCGCCUGCUGACAGGAAGGAUCUGGUUGAAAACCACAGCAACCUUCUUCGAGUGGCAGAUUACUGCGAAAAUAACUAUCUUCAGGCAGAUGAUCCAACCAAAGCUGUUGAGGAGACCAAGGCUCUGACCACCCAGGCUUUAGCCAGUGUCACCUACCAGAUCAACAGCAUGGCCAGCACCGUGCUCAGGCUGCUGGACUCCCAGGCCAUGCAGAUGAAAGACAUGGAGUCUUCAGUCAACCUGGUGUCUCUGGCUGCCGCGAUCCACCUUGAGAAGGUGGCCAGGAGGAAGAUCGGUCCCUUCACCACACCCAAAGACAAGACCCAAUCAAAGCCCAAGGCUCCGCCCCCUUCAGGCAAGGAGCCAGAGGAAGGUUACCUGAGAGUUCCCAUAUCCUACACAGUCCUGGACUCUGUUGGACACUAUCUCCAGGUCAAAGAGCAGCAGACCACAGAGAACAUGGUCAGAACUGAAGAUCCCUCAGUGUCCACCCACGGCAUCGCUGUACCUCUACCUUCUAUACCCACUAAACCCACAGGGAGCGGUCUGCUUCCCCCACCGCCCCCUGUUUCUGCCACAAACUUGCCGGCUCCUCCUUUCUCAAUGGACAAUAGCUUCCCUCCUCCACCCUCCUUCCCCUCCCCUUCAGAUCACCCCCCACCUCCCCCUCCACCAACCAUCAGCCUGUCGGGCAACAGCCUCCUGCCUCCACCUCCCGCUGCCUGUAGCACCAGUCUACCUCCUCCUCCUCCUCCUCCUGUGUCAGCAGUUACAUCCCCUCCUUCUCCACCGACCAUCAACCUGUUGGACAACAGCUUCCUGCCCCCUCCUCCACCUCCUGCUGCCAGCAGUACCAAUCUACCUCCUCCUCCUCAGUCAGCAUCUGUACCCCGUCCUCCUCCACCAACCAUCAACCUGUCGGACAACAACUUCUUGCCCCCUCCUCCACCUCCUGCUGCCAGCAGUACCAAUCUACCUCCUCCUCCUCCUCCUCGGUCAGAUUCUGUACCCCGUCCUCCUCCACCAACCAUCAACCUGUCGGACAACAGCUUCCUGCCACCUCCUCCGCCUCCCGCUGCCUACAGUACCAGUCUACCUCCCCCUCCUCCUACUCCUGUGUCAGCAUCUGUACGUCCUCCUCCUUCAACAACUAGAGGUGUGCCACCACCCCCUCCCCCUCCUCCGCUCUUCUAGAUGGUAGAUUGUGAUCGGUCAAGUGGGUUAUUGCUGUUGGAGUUGCCUUAUAAUUUAGAAGAAGUAAAGUAAAGUAAAGCAUGGAGGAGUGUGUGUGCAGCUGAUUGAACCCUGAGCUCUUUCAUUUGUGAUUAACACCAAAGAAUCUAAAAAGAGUCUAAAAUGAUGUUUUUCUGCGUGUGAAAAUCCUUCCGUCAGCUUUCCGUUCUUACAGAAAAUCAACCACAGAGAUCAUCCCAACGUGUCCCGACAACACCUCCACCACAUUCCUUGAAAACAAGCUGAAACAAGGAUUCCUGUGUUUUUGUCAUCACCACGCUAUGGUUUUCUCCUUUACUAUAACAUCCAUGCCUCAUCACAAUGAGUAAAAUUUUAAACGGCAUUGAUCUGUGGCUUGACCCCAGCAGUGGUCACUUUUCUGUUUGGUAAAAGUGAUUCUAAGUCAAUGACUUCAGUGUGCUCUGUGUCUUCAAACAGCCCACUGAGGGUGGGAAUUGUCUGUUGCAAUUCACAGGUAAAGUCUCUGUUUUUACUGUGUCUCACAGUAUCAGAUAUACUUUACCGUACAAAUAAAGCUCUUGAUGCAGAUGAA